CUCUCGGGUGGCAGGGCUCGCCUGCACGGGGGAAUUUUUUUUAGAAUAAAUUCAGGUUGAUGUAGUAUUUGUGUAUGUGAUAGUGAUUAAGUAAUAUUCAGAAAUAUUACUACUGCCUGUUAUAAGAAACUUAUUGUUGUUGCCAAACUUCUUUAGAUUUUUUAAUUAUUUUUCACAUCUGAUGUGACUUGUGGCGGUCACCCUUUCUCUCAUCAAAAUUUCAGAUGUAGACCCUUGCUUUCAGGGACACAGAGUAAGGUGUUUCUUUUAGGAGCUGCUUUGAUCGGUCCCAGCUUUGUUUACUUGGGGUUCUGCUGGUGGUGAACAGGUGAGAAAAGUGCCUUCUGAGCCUUGGUGGCACACCUGUGUGUCACCUGUCCCCAGACCUCAUCUAAAAGUGUGAACAGGCCAGUGGGUAUCUAUAGAAAAUAGCAGCCAGGCAUGUGGCAAGAGGGUCUUUGCUGUACAGAGGGCCAUGGGUAGUGCCCAUAGAGGGUGUGUGGGCAGCUUCUGCUGCCACUGUACACUGGAUAGCCUGCCCUACCCCAUAUACCAAGCACCAUUAAAUUAAAGCAGUUGUGUUUGCUGUAGCCGCCUGAUAGGAUCAGUGAGGGCACUGUCUAGGCCUGAACACUUAAAUUGUAUUUGAGAAUAAAUCUAAAUUUAAGACAGAGCAUGGCCUAUUUUGUAGUAAGGAUUAUGUGAUGUGGUGGGUGAUGACUUGGCACAACCGGUCAUUUCUCAUCCAGUCUUCUGAAUGUAUUAGCUCACAUACUUUACUUAAGCCUCACUGAAUUAAUUCGGAAUCAAAGAUUCUGCCUUCUCCAUUAUAAAUGCAAGUGAAAGGAGGUGCUCAAUUAAAUGAGAAGGUGACAUUAGCAAGGUGACUGUGAAAUUUGUUUGGAAAGGCACAGAGGCCAAAAAAGGAGUCCUGUGUAGUCUUAUCUGCCCUCUGUAAAAGGUAUGUUAAAUGUCAACAGUUUUCCAGAAGCCUGUUAACAGAGAUUGAGAUGAUCUCAUCUGAGGAAUUAUAAUUGGUAUAGCCAGUGCUUACUAGUUUUAAACAACAACAGCCUGUAAAACAUUAGUCUGUUCGGUUGUAAGGUACAUGUUAAACUUGAAAUCCUGAAUCAAGAGUUUCUAAAGUCAUAAACUGAGAUGUAGUUGAGGGUGGAGGAGGGGAAGAAGCGGAGGAGGAAAGAUUACUGUAAGCCUGCCUCCUUCAGACUUAUCUCCCUCCCUGGAGUACACUGAGCAGGUGGAAAACUGCUGUUCCUGCCUGACCCUGAGCAGUGAGUCCUGUGUUUCUCCGGACAGGAGUACCGGGGCCGGUAUUGUUACUGUACAAGGCUGGCCAGGUUGAGCUGUUCUCUGUUUGUGACUUGGUGAUUGAAUCAAACUUCCAAGCUUAGCAUCCUUGUUACGUUGGCAUCUGUUUUCCUGAUGCUUGUAGGCACAAAGAACAAUGUGUUCCAGGAUUCCUCUUGUUCGAAGUGCCAUUUAGAUUAAUGUCAUGAUUUAUUUUUUUUAAAUAAAAGUCCUUUAAAAAAAACCAAGCACCCACCAGCUCUUACUAUUGUAAAGCUGUUUUCAGUAUCUUUUAGUGUCUGCUGUAAUAGUUCCCAGAUUAGGAGCUCCCAAACAGCAUUGGGAAUCUACUGGGAGUAGAAUUUAUGGAAGUGGAUCCACACUGAAUGUUCAGCACCUAGAAGCAAACCCCUGGAUGUGAGGCCAACUAUGAAAAUGUUGGAGCUGCUGAUCCCUUUGACUAACACGUGGAGCAUUUACUAUGGUAUAUGUCACAAGGAAAACAUGCAGAAGCAAGAGAACUAAUGUAUUCAGGGGCUUUGCUGUUCUUCAGUCAUAACCAGCAAAACAGUGCUGCUGAUCUGUCCAUGCUGGUUUUGGAGUCUUUGGAGAAAUCGGAUGCAAAAGUAGCAGAUGACCUUUUAGAAAACUUGGCUAAGUUGUUUAGUUUAAUGGAUCCAAAUUCUCCUGAAAGAGUGGCUUUCGUAUCCAGAGCACUAAAAUGGUCUAGCGGGGGAUCGGGAAAGCUUGGACAUCCAAAACUACACCAGUUACUAGCAAUUACCCUGUGGAAAGAGCAAAACUAUAGUGAAUCUCGGUAUCACUUCUUGCACUCCACAGAUGGCGAAGGUUGUGCAAAUAUGCUAGUAGAAUACUCCUCGUCCAGGGGAUAUCGCAGUGAGGUGGACAUGUUUGUAGCACAGGCAGUACUACAAUUUCUCUGCUUGAAAAAUAAGACCAGCGCAUCAGUUGUUUUUACAACAUACACACAGAAACAUCCUUCAAUAGAAAAGGGUCCACCCUUUGUUCAACCACUGCUAAACUUCAUCUGGUUUCUGUUGCUGGCAGUUGAUGGAGGAAAACUAACAGUAUUUACAGUAUUGUGUGAACAGUAUCAGCCUUCACUGAAAAGAGAUCCCAUGUAUAAUGAGUACCUAGAUAGAAUAGGACAGCUUUUCUUUGGUGUUCCGCCCAAGCAGACAUCGUCCUACGGAGGAUUACUAGGAAAUCUUUUAAACAGUCUGAUGGGAACUGGAGAAGAUGAUGACACAGAAGAUGGUCAGGAAGACAGCAGUCCUAUCGAGCUCGACUGAAUGUUAUUGUCAUUGGGUGCCGUGUAAAUCUGAUGAUUCGAUGACUCCAAAGACAGUUUUGGAAUUUGAAUCCUGCAGUUGUUUCUUCGCGCCUAAAAGGGCUCCUCUGGUCUUUUAGAAAUGGUUGCUGAAAUGUUUAUAAUGUUUGGUCUAUAUUAUUUAUGUAAAAAAAAGAAAGAAACCAACAAAAAGUAGCCAAACGAACGAAUUGGAGCAAUUGUUAGCAGGUUUCCGAUACAGCGGCUGGUGACCGAUUAAAAUAUAGUCUUCUACGGUUUCUGAUGCAGUAUUCCCUUUUGCACAGUAAUUCAGUAAAGCGUAAAUAUGGGUCCUGUACUUCACGGCCUACCCAAUACCAUCUUUGUUAUGAGAAAGCCUCCUUGACCUCUGCCAUCUCCAAGGAAGAUCUCAAAAGGCAGGGCGAUCGAGUAAUUUAUUUGCGAGGCUGGUGCCAAAAGUACUGUGAGACGAGCCAAGCAGCAUAAUUUGAGAUGCACAUCCAAGAGACAUUGAUACCAAGAACUUGCUUCCACUGCUGUGAGUAAGGUGCACGCCAUUCCUACUGCCUUUCACUCUCCUUAAGGGCUGGCUCUGGCCAAGCCCACGCGUGUGUAUAGCCAAUACUUCCUGAAAAGCACAAGAUUGAAUUGCUCUCGAGUAAAAGCUGAUCAGUGGAACAUAGGUAAUUGGCUUCCAUGUGGAUCUCUCUUGCCUAGGUACAAACAUUUGGCAUCUAAAAUACCUCCUCUGGCUCUACUGCUUUGGAACAGAUUAUUUUUCAGCGUAAGUUCACAGCCAUACGUAGAGGCAACGGCGUUACAGUAAGUGAAAUGAUUUGCUGCAAGCGAUGUAUGUGUUUGAACUGCAGCUGUAUGUAGAGAAAAGGGAUACUGCAGAACUUUUGGUUCUUUAUGAUAUAUUUAUUUUUCUUGGGUGAUUGAAUCAUUUAACACUUUCUGUAAAAAAAGAAUAAAUCGAUGAAUAAUGGAGUAACUUCAACCCCAGUGGUAGGCAUAGCCAUUCUACAUCUCCUCCUCUAAUGCAGCACAGCAGAUGUCGGUGGUACAGUGAACGGAUGAAAUGGUGGGGAAACACUUUAUUUUUUCACGAUGAAAAUAAAAAGGCUUAGAUUAAUAAACAGCAAUCAUGCAUGGGGGAGGGAUUAAUACAAAUUUAUUGACUGUAUGAAAAAGGCAUUGAAAGGAAGACUUUGUGUUAAUUGUGAAGUCUCAAAUAAACACUUUAUACCAGGA